CAGAAGCAGCUCGACCGAAGGACACUGUCACCUAACUCAACUUCUGUGCAAAGAGGAGGAAAGAAAUCCGCGUCCGAGCUCUCUAUCGCCCGGCCGUUGGAUCAAACGACGUCAUCGCCUUCCCAGUUGUCUUAACAUCGUUAGCUGUACACGUUUUGUGUGGUGAAGAGAAAUAAAAUACAGGAUUUCCUGUUCUGCAGCCACUGUACUGGGUUGCAGAUGCCGGCAGGAUUCCAGCGCUCCGAAAACAUGUGGAAGUUUAACGAGGAGUCGCUGGGGCUGGGAUCGCUGCGAAAAUCGGUAGGAAAUAAAAGCAGAAAGCUCGCUCCUCCUGCUGCCUAGCAUGGAUGUCACCCCGGCGAAGGAUGGGAGUCACAGGAAGAAACCCUCCACCCACCUCAAUCACCCCAUGAGCGAAGAGACUCAGCCGAGAUGGAGAGCAACGUGUCCUCCAGCAACUGUACCGAUCCCCAGAUGUCCUUCCAGUCUACCCUGUACGCAACAACCUACACCCUCAUAUUCAUCCCCGGCCUCCUGGCAAACAGCGCUGCCCUGUGGGUCUUGUGCCGCUACAUCAGCAAGAAGAGCAAAGCCGUCAUCUUCAUGAUCAACUUGGCCGUGGCCGACCUGGCUCAUGUCCUCUCGCUGCCCUUACGGAUGUAUUACUACAUAAACCACUCCUGGCCAUUUGGAAAUUUCCUUUGCCAGGUGUGCUUCUACCUGAAGUAUCUCAACAUGUACGCCAGCAUUUGCUUCCUCACCUGCAUCAGCAUCCAGCGGUACCUCUUCCUCCUCCACCCCUUCAAAGCCAAGGACUGGAAGCGGCGGUACGACGCGGCCAUCAGCGCUGCCGUCUGGCUCGUCGUCGGGGCAGCGUGCUUGCCCCUGCUCAUAGUGAGGAGCCCAGCCUUGUCCAAGAGCACAAACACAUGCUUCUCAGACCUGGGGGUGAAAAAGCUGAGCCCGGGAUCCUCCAUUGCGAUGGUGACGGUGGCCGAGCUGUUUGGAUUUGUCAUCCCCUUCGGCAUCAUCGCCUGCUGCACGUGGAAGAUGUGGCAGUCCCUGCGGGAGUGUCCAAGCCAGCUGCAAAACACCAGCGAGAAGCAGAAGGCUUUGCGCAUGGUCUUGAUGUGCGCGGCAGUCUUCUUCAUCUGCUUCACCCCCUACCACAUCAACUUCCCUUUCUUCAUGAUGGUGAUAGAGAACAUCAUCCAGGACUGUGCCGUUCACAGGAGCACGCUCCGCUUCCACCCCAUCUCCCUCUGCCUGGCGAGCCUCAACUGCUGCCUGGAUCCGGUCCUCUACUACUUCAUGACCUCCGAGUUCCAGGACCAGCUGCUGCGCCACAGCUGUGCCGCCCUGCGGGCUCGGUUCAUGCGCCGUGGGAGCACCCCCUCCAUCACCGAAACUGGCCACGACAUUCACAUGAAGAAGAGAAAUCUUCCCCGCUUUAAGUUUUGGUCUCUUCCUAAGUUCUUUGGCCGCAUAAACAGCAUGGAAAUCCCCCCGAUGCCACCCGACGAGCUUCUGCUGGAGUCCAUCUCUUGAAACAUAAGCGUUUCUGUCUGUGUAGGUGCUUCUCAUAGCUUGAGUGAAGAUUGCGUUAGGUCUCCAAAUACGUCUUGAAUUACCCUUGUGUGCAACAGAUGCCAGGAUCUGACCUAGAAGGACAUUUUAAUGAAAAAAAAAAAGGGUUGCUGGUUGUGUUGUCACUGUUGGGGACUGUUUGCCUUGCCAUGACGGAGAACGUUGUAUUGUUAAAAUACCCAAAACGGCCAUCGCUGAUGCCGGCUCUUCUCCUGUGCUGAACUGCAGCCAGGUUCGGGUCCCUCUCAUUUCUAUUGUUUCAGUGCUUCUACAUACUUGUCAUUUUUGAAAAGCCUUCGGAAUCCUGUGCUGCAAGCAGGCAGGUCAGCCUCGGCACAGCUCGGGGAGGUAGCACGGCGGGACUUUCAGCCCCAACUGCAGCUACCGGCACCCCAUGAUGACUUACAGCAUCCACCGUGCCCGCGUGAGGCUCUAGAUCAGGCCUGUCAAUUAUCUCCACGUAAACUGAACCUCUUUCCAUUGCAAAAAAUAAAAAAAAAAGAAAAAUCAAUCAUCUGGACCUAAUCUAGCCUAUUCUGGACUGCAAGAAUAACUUUACCAACCUAUAUCAAGCAAAGAGUAUUAACCUAUAUCCACACCAGUGUUAAAGGGAGUUUUCAAACAAAUUGGGGUCAGAUCACGCUGUCGAAAAAGGCACGCGGAGCUGAGCAGGGGAGCGCGCCUGGCUCCCGGGAGCUACGGGAUGCUCAGCUGAGUAUGGGGGGCUGAAUAUUUGGAAAACUGGAUAUGCCACGAGCGAAGAGGACGAAGGAUGAAGGACACAUCCCAGGGCACGUUUGCUCACAGAGAGCCGGGGCGAGCCGCAGAAGGGAGGACGAGCAGCUGGCAUCGCUGUGUCUUGUGUUGUUAUUAGGAGUAUUGUGUUAUUUGGCGUUCUGCUAAAGCCUGUGGUCGUAGAUUAAGAUGUUACCCAAGCCUCUCAGUUUUGCUUUAAAAACCGGAAAAGGUCCCAGCCCUCUCUGGGUACUGAGAAAAGUUUACAAAACUGGCCCGAGUGCAUCCUUAAGGCUUCAAACUCGGGAGGAAAUAAAAUGAUCUCAACACA